UGAGAUCAAACAGAAGAUCAUGAAGAUACCCGACGCCGCUGGGAUCGUCAUAGACGGGUUCCCGCGUGACGUUGGACAGGCCUUGUCAUUUGAAGACCAGAUCUGCACCCCCGACCUGGUGGUGUUCCUGGCCUGCGCCAACCACCGCCUGAAGGAGCGCCUGGAGCGCCGGGCGGAGCUGCAGGGACGCCCCGACGACAACCCCAAGGCCACGGAGCGGCGCCUCACCAACUUCAAGCAGAACACCAUCCCCCUGGUCAAGUACUUCCAGGAGCGGGGGCCCAUCGCCACGUUCGAUGCUGAUCGAGAUGAGGAGGAGGUUUUCAGUGACAUCAGCAUGACUUUGGACAGCAAACUUUUCCCUUUCAAAUCACGGGUAGCAGGGCCCGGUGAACUGGAUCUCAGCCUACUGGGCGAACCCAACAGUCUGCCAGAUGCUCCUGGGGAGGUGGAUGAAGAGCGAGAGGAGGAGGAAGAGGAGGUGGAGGAGAUUGGUUACAGUGAGGCAACAGCAGAGAGUUCCGACUGCACAGACGUCAGGAAACCAAAAGUCAUCUUCAUGAUAGGCUCAGCCCAGGCUCUCCAGCAGAGCGGGGUCACGGCAGACCGCCUGGGCCUGGCCCGGGUCAGCCCGGCGGAGCUGCUGGUCCGCGAGCUGCAGAGCCACGGCGACCGGGGGCGCCACCUACAGGACGUCCUGGAGCGCGGCGAGCCAGUGCCCGAGGACGUGCUGGUGGGGCUGGUGUGUGAGGCGGUCGCCUCCUCUCUCAGACAGGACAAAGGAGUGCUGCUGGCAGGGUUCCCAAGGACCCUGAGCCAGGCCCGGGCGUACCAGGCCAGGAUGGGCGCGCCCCAAGCCGUGCUACUCCUCUGCCCCGUCCCGUCCGACGCGCCCCCCGACCGGAUCCCGUCUCCGGGCCUACCUUCCUCCUCCACCUCCUCCUCCUCCUCCUCCUCCUCUUCCUCCUCCUCCUCCUGCUCCCAGAUGGACCGGGGCGCGUGUCCAGACAGCACCUCCCUGGCUGAGCUCUACCACCAACAGAACCUCUUGCACCGGAUCGACGGCGACUCACCGGAGGUGGGGCUGACGCAGAUGCGCCUCGCGCUGGACUCCUGCUAAGAGGGUCGUCUCUUAAAAGCUCAGAGGGACCCCCACUCUGCGGCAACCGGGAGACCCGCUUAUCAUUUGUGACCGACUGUGUCUCUCUCUUCUCUCUUGUGUAUCUUUAUUAAAAACCCAGCCAUUCAAUGGAAAACGCACCCAGACACAGAAAGCAUAAGCCCUACAGACUCACGUACAUUAAGCACCAGUGAAAUGCAUGCUGUUGGUGUCAUCUGAACACUCCGUUUUACUAUCAGUAUCAGUGAUGAACUAACUCUAUCUAGUGACACUGAAUAAAACGCAUCCGGGCCGACACAGAGCGCUCGAGUCUCUUAUUUAACUAAACACCGUCUUUGCUCUCUAAUCUUGAUCGGACUCCGUCAACGGUUAACGCUACAUCUCCGAGCCCGACAGCCGGGGACAGACUGCGCCGCGGGGAGAAAUGAUCAACGCGACUUAUGGCCCGCCGUGAUUCCGAGGAGCGUUUGUGGUUCAGAUAAAGCGCUUUUUCUUUCUGUUUUGUGCAGUGCGAGUGUCUUGAAAAGACGAGGGAAAGGGUAUACCUGUCAAACUGUACAGGUAUUCUGACUAUCAUGUGCAGCAUGCUUUAUUCUGUAGCAAGCAUGCAACAAAUACAAUCAAGCGUAUUGCCUUUUGGUGUCAGUACAUAAAGUGAGGUGAAAAACUAACAAAAAUAUAUAUUGCAUUUAUAAUUGAUUAAAGUUCAAGCUUUAUGUAUGGGACAAUGUUACAUUCAAUUACUUGUCUGAGUCAGAUAUUUAUUAAAUAAAG